GGCAGCUGCAGCUGAAGCUCGGUGGUUGGAAGCAAAUCUAAACAUGAGCGAAGGAAAAAGCCCAGUCACUCUGAAAAUAAUCCUCAUAGGAAACUCCGGGGUGGGAAAAUCCUCCUUCAUGAACAGAUAUGUGAAUCAUCGUUUCACCAACAUGUACCGGUCCACCAUAGGGACUGACUUCCUGUCCAAAACAGUAAACAUAGGUGGGGACACAGUCACACUGCAGAUCUGGGACACAGCAGGCACAGAGAGGUUCCAGUCUCUGGGCACACCUCUGUACAGAGGAGCCCACUGCUGCAUGCUGGUGUUUGAUGUCACAUUCAGGACCAGUUUCUCCGCCCUGGAGGAGUGGAGGAAGGAGUUCCUGGUCCAGGGUGAGCCCGAGAACCCAUCUGACUUCCCCUUCAUCGUACUGGGCAACAAAACUGACCUGAGCAACCGGGAGGUGUCUCGCCAACAGGCUCUGCAGUGGUGUGAAGAAAUAGGAGCGGAGUACUUUGAAGGAAGCGCCAAAGCGGAUCUAGACGUGGAAAAGCCGUUCCUGAGAGCAGCACAGAGCGGAUUGCAACAGUACAAAAAACACACAUUGGAAAAUACAGGACAUUUCCAGAUAACCUGCAAACAGCUGAGAGAAACUCGCAACGACUGUCAGUGCUGAGAGCAACACUCAUCCCAGUGUGGGAGGGAAAGUUCAGAGACACCUCGGCACUGCUGAUGAUGACCUAUCUAACGAGGGUGCAAAAAGAGUGACCCAGCAAAGGUACUGUGGAAGGAAAGGACACAAUUGUAUACCACAUGGAGAGAGGAACAAACUCAUUAAAUGUUUUUUUUUUUUGAGAA